AUGUACGAGAUCGGUCCCCAACUUGCCACGUCAGGCGCGACCGGCCGCCGUGCUGAGCGAGCGGGUUCGAGGCUCCAGCGAUGGUCACAGGCUCUCUCGACGGCAGCAGCAAUAGCCAUUACUGUAUCCACAGGACGGAAGUAG